CGCACCGCUCCGCACCGGCUGGGGUUGCGGCCGCGGGGCUGGGGCCGUGCCACCCGCAGGCCGGCGGGCGCCUGAAGGGCGUUCGGGAAAAGCCCCCUCCCCCGGGGGAAAGCCGGGUGGGGAGCGCACGGCCCGGGCACGGCGGCGCGGCCCCCAGGCGCCCCUCCCGCGGGCACGGCACGGGGGGCGCCCGGCCGCUCCGCGCUGCCGCAGGGGAGCGGAGCCCCCCCGGGGCGGGGGCCGGGGGGCUCGGAGGGAGGCGCGGGGCGGGCGCUGCCGGCGGCCCUUCCCCCGGGCCGGCCCGCCGCGGGGCCGGGGCGCUCCGCGGGGCGGUGCGGUGCGGAGCGGGGCGCGGCUGCGGCGGCUGCUGCGCGCCAUGCGGGCUGCCUGAGCGGCGCCGGCCGCCGCCAACUUCGGGGGAAGGAUGGCCUCCAAUUUCAACGACAUCGUGAAGCAGGGCUACGUGCGCAUCCGGAGCCGGCGGCUGGGGAUUUACCAGAGAUGCUGGUUAGUAUUCAAAAAAGCUUCAAGCAAAGGGCCAAAGAGGCUGGAGAAAUUCUCAGAUGAACGAGCUGCUUACUUUAGAUGCUAUCACAAGGUCACAGAGCUCAAUAAUGUGAAGAAUAUAUUACGAAUGCCAAAAAGCACAAAGAAGCAUGCUGUUGGGAUUUAUUUUAAUGAUGACACGUCGAAAACCUUUGCUUGUGAGUCAGAUUUUCUGGGCAUUUAUACAGAACUUGAGGCAGAUGAGUGGUGCAAGGUGCUGCAGAUGGAAUGUCUUGGAACACGAAUUAAUGACAUUAGCCUUGGAGAGCCUGACUUGUUGGCAUCUGGAGUAGAGAGAGAGCAGAGUGAGAGAUUCAAUGUGUAUUUGAUGCCAUCCCCUAACUUAGAUGUGCAUGGGGAAUGUACCUUGCAGAUAACAUUUGAGAAUAUCUGUCUUUGGGACAUCCAGAAUCCCAGAGUAAAACUCAUCUCUUGGCCAUUAAGUGCCCUCCGACGCUAUGGGCGGGACCCAUCUUGGUUCACCUUUGAAGCAGGGAGGAUGUGUGACACAGGAGAAGGACUAUUCAUCUUUCAGACCAGAGAUGGGGAAGCGAUCUAUCAGAAGGUUCACUCGGCUGCUUUGGCCAUAGCAGAACAACAUGAGCGCUUGUUGCAGAGUGUGAAGAAUUCAAUGAUUCAGAUGAAAAUGAGUGAGCGAGCGGUGUCCCUCAGCACCAUGGUGCCCUUGCCCCGUAGUGCCUACUGGCAGCACAUCACACGACAGCACAGCACUGGCCAGCUCUACGGUCUGCAAGAUGUUUCUAGCCCAGUGAAGCUUCAUCGCACGGACACUUUUCCAACCUACAGGCCAGACCAUCGAUAAAAGACUGUAAAGAACUUUACAAACUCGUCCUCUGACAGACUACCCCAGUGGAUGACAGUGAUGAUGAUAAGCAAGGAUGGAAACUCUGAAAAGUUCAGGUUGGAUGAAAAAUUCUUGCAAUAUAAAGUUUUUUUUUAAAACUUCGCCAAAAGCUGAAACUAUUCUGUAGAUAACGGGGAGGGGUACAAAACCAACAAACCCUCCAGUGUAUCUUUUGUAUCUUACAGCUGGACAGAGAAGAAAUCACUCCCUAAAUAUUUCCAGAUGUUUUUGUAUAAUAGGUAUGUUGUAAAUAUAUGAGACUUUCCUGUUGUAGUGUGGUUCCAUUUUGUCUAUUACAGCUGUGUGUUCACUGAUGUCAGCUGUGUCACCCUUGUUCGUUGUAAUGCUUAUCUUUAGUUAUUUACAUUAUUGUUCAGCCUAAUCCUUGGCUUUUGAAAUGGUGGCCAGUUUUAAGCAUUGGAUACAAUUUUUCCUGUUUGAAGCCUGGUGAAGACUUGAUUGAUUUCUCUUAAAAGCACCCUCUCUAUCUUCUAUUUCCUGUAUUUAUUUCCAUCUCUGUGAAUGUUUAAAAUAAAAAAAAAGAAGGCCCA